UCCUGCUGCCCUCUGAGCACCAUCCAGACGCUCUGGUGUGUGACAAGAACAGCAAUGCGGACAGUAAAUCGGCGCUCAAGCACAUCCUGACGGCACCCCCAAACACUUUUUCUAACACUCUCCACCUAAAAAGUGGGGUCCCUUCACAUUGGAGACUUUAGCCAGAAUUAAGGGAUGCCACAGGGAGCCUCCAAAUGAGAGAUACUGACUUGAACAAGAGCUAUAAAAGGAUACAGCGAGUGAGUGAAGAGUUGGUGAUAAUCAGACGUUGUUGGAUUUCUUUUGCACGCUGUUAAGGGAAUCGCAGCUGGCUGGUUCCUGAUUGGAGGACUUAUUUGAACUCUAUUUGUAAACUAAAACAGAACAAAAGAAAGGACUACUAUGGCCAACUCUGGGUUUCAGCUUUUGGGCUACUUUCUGGCACUGGGAGGAUGGAUUGGGAUCAUCUCCACUACUGUGCUGCCCCAAUGGAAGCAGUCCUCGUAUGCAGGGGACGCCAUCAUCAUGGCCGUGGGCUUGUAUGAGGGCCUGUGGAUGUCCUGUGCAUCUCAGAGUACAGGCCAGGUGCAGUGCAAGAUCUUCGACUCCUUGCUCUCGCUGGAUGUCCACAUUCAGACGUGUCGAGCUCUGAUGGUGAUCUCAGUGCUCACGGGCUUCCUCGGUAUCAUUGUGAGUGUGGUCGGCAUGAAGUGCACAAAGGUGGGUGACAACAACCCAUCCACAAAGAGCAUGAUCGCCAUCUCUGGUGGGAGUCUGUUCCUGCUCUCAGGUGUCUGCACGCUGGUGGCCGUGUCCUGGUACGCCACACAGGUGUCUUCCCACUUCUUCGACCCCAACACACCAAUUAAUGCCAAGUAUGAGUUUGGCACCGCUCUUUUCGUGGGGUGGGCGGCGGCCAUCCUGAUGAUGCUGGGCGGCUCGUUCCUCAGCUGCUCCUGCAUCAACGAGGACAGAAGAGGACAGCAGUUCUACCGGCAAUCUCAGCCCUCCACAGCCAGAGAGGAUGAGUUGUUGAGUGAGACUAGUUUCCCUGACUGACCAACCCUCCCUGCCUUUUUUCGAGGACUGUCCGAGCUCUACUCUCUGUGUCUCUGUGUCCCCUCACUCCCACCUAGAAUACAAAUUUGGACACUUGUCUGUACGAUUGGGCUCCUACACCCUACAUACUUAAAACAUGUGUGCCUUUUUUUCAACAUCUGAUCAAUAAACGUGUUUGGAAAAGAAAAGAGAAAUUGUCACCCCCGAUAUCUGUUGUCUGUGUGCGUGGAAACCCCUCUUCGUCUUUGUCUGCCUUUGUAAAUAUGUAUUAUUGCAGUAUUGUAAACUAAAAGGUUUCAUUUGGAGCGGUGGAUCUGAAAGCGUUUUUUUUUUUCGUACUAACUCAAACAUGUUUUGUUUUUUCUUUUAAAUUGCAGAGCAAAUGUUAAAAGUUCUCCAGCAGAGAAAGGGGAGCAGUACUUGUAGUUUGGGCGACUUCGUGGGUCACAAGCUGUUAGAUUUUUGGCAACAGACAAGACACUCUCUUUUCUGUAAUAGUAAAAAAGCUCCAGUAAAAACUCAAACAUAACAUGUUUCCCUGUACAGUAACACAGACAAUGCAUUCAUUACACCAAGCAAUGCAUUUAUUUCCAACCAACAUUGUACUGUAGUGUAAAACAAAUUUGACGAGGAGUGUGUGAGCCGCAUUAGCAUUACCAGUUUUUGACAUGUCAUUUUUUUUUUCUGAGUUUGUUAUACUUGCCGGAAAACAUUAUCACUCAUCUGGAGAGCAUUGAUUCAGGGUACAUUAUAAUGCAUUUAAAUAAUUAUGCAAAUCUUCGACAUGUGCAGUGUAAUAUACUUUUUGAGCUAUAACUGUGUUUUGACUUACAAAUGUCUUUUGGUUUGCUAAUAGUUUAUUGUGUCUUAUAGGGCUGCACAAUAUAUUGCAAAAAUAUCAUUAUCGCGAAUAUAAGCGUAUCGCAGACACUUGAUCGCGAUAAUGAAUGUAUCGCAGACACAAGUGAUAAAUUACAUUUUAUUUGAUGCACUGGUUGUUAAUCUAAAUUUGACUAAUCAGAUAGUGCCUUACUAUCUUUAGCCCUGCCUCCUAAGUAGUUGCUGUUCAGCUAUUGGCUGGAUAAGCCCAAAGGUGAACCCUGAGCUGAAAAUAAACACUAAUGGCGGGAAAUGAAAGCAACCAAUCAGAGUUAGAUUAUUUAAAUACUAAAGACCAAUCCCAAUUCUACCUCUUUACCUCUCGUUUUGCGCAUUUACGUGAAGAGGUAGGGGUGUCUCAGAUCUCUUUGUGCGGUAUAUUUAUAAACUAAUUUCAAGAGGAUCCCUUGCUUAUGAUUGAUCACGGCUGGUCCCUCAUCAGCUGAUCCCCCAAUCAGACGAAUACUAACUCGCUAUAAAAAAAACAGACUUCUUUACUUCAGUCAUCUUCGUCUUGACGAAUCCUCCUUCCACGCCUACUUAUGAGGAUAAGGCGGAGGGCACGGCAGCCCAGUGGUUAGCACUGUUGCCUAACAGCAAGAACACCACAUGUUCGAACCCUUACUGGGCCAGUUGGCGUUUCUGUGCGGAGUUUGCUUGUUAUCCCCAUGCUCGCAUGGGUUUUCCACCAGGUUCCACGGUUUCCUCCCACCAUCCAAAGACAUAUAAUAUAAGUAAAUUGACUAAUCCAAAGUGCCAUCAUAAGACAAAUUCUUAGCUAGCUACAUCUCUUAGCUAUUCUUAACAUGUUCACAAGCAGGGGAGUUCUUGAGACCUACCUGAGCUCAAACUUUCCUCUCGCCCUUCAAACGGGAGGGAGCCCCGAGCUUGAGGAUAUUCUGAGCUCAGGGGAAGGGAUAGAUAGCCCUUAAAACUGAGACUUUCCAGGACCACACUUGAAACCAAGAGGUACAAAAAUUUACCAAAAUACACCAGCUAUAACAGCAGCAUGACUGCACACGUGAGGCAGGAGAUCCACAAAUUAGUAUUUUUGGUAUUAUUAAGAACUUUUACAACAGACAAGCACAUGUUUUAUUACAUUCAUCGUGUUUUACAAUCAUGCUUUUUAAAAAUGAAACCAUUUUAAAAGAAGCUAAAUUUCGCUAUCUAUAACCCAUAACAAUAAGUAGUUUUUGACACUCAAAUUCCCUGUCAAAAACGCCUAGUGGCUGGGAAUGACUUUUAACAGUGUCUGGUAUAGCAUUACUGUUGUUUUCGUACAUUUACAUAGAUAAAUAUGGCCAUGGUGUAAAUGCGCCGUACAUUUACAAGCUUAUUUACACAUUAUAUCGUUAUGAUAACGUAAUAUUGUCGCUUUCCUGAAGAUAAAUACCGAAAAAUAUUGCAACUGGAAUACAGCAAUCGCCAUCGUCAACCACAUAUGAAGUAAGAGCUCGCAACGACAUAUAAUGACGUGUGCUGGUGUUGUAGUGCUGUACCAUUUCAUUCAAUCAUUUAUUCAUUUUCCUUCGGCUUAGUCCUUUUAUUCACCACAGAGGAAUGAACCACCAACUAUUGCAGCAUAUGUUUUACACAACGGAUUUCCAGCUUUUCAAGCUGCAACCCAGUACAGGGAAACACCCAUACACUUUCAUAUGCACACUCAUACACUUUGGCCAAUUUAGUUUAUUCAAUUCACCUAUGGCGCAUGUGUUUGGACAGUGGGGGAAACCGAAGCACCCGGAGGAAACCCACGCCAAUGCGGGGAGAACAUGCAAACUCCACACGGAAAUGCCAACUGGUCUAGCUGGGACUCGAACCAGCAAACUUUUUGCUGUGGGGCGAUCAUGUCACCCUCUGUCCCAUUUCUUAGGGGUAAAUUUGAAGCCGUUUUCCACUUCACACUUUGAUUCAAGGGUCAAGGGGAAGGGGUACAAAAAUAGAAUUAGGAUUGGGUCUAAAUGUAAACAGUUUUUAAAUAAGAAUUAAUAAGAUCUGAAAAUCAUCUUUUACCUGUUUAUUUUAAUAACAUUAUACAUAAAUAAGCCAUUUAAAAACAUAAUAAAAAUGGCAUUUUUCUCGGGAAAUUAUAUAUCGCCAUCGCAAUACUCAACAACAAUAUCGCAUAUUUUCCCAGUAUUGUGCAGCCCUAGUGUCUCAUGUGUGUACUGUAUGUGAAAUGGAUCUUUUACCAUGUGAGAAAUCAAAUGUUUUCAUUUUCAUCUUUUGUUCAUUAAAUGUAUAGUGCAUAAACUGAGGGGUUGAUUUUGCUUCGAAAGAGACCCACGUGUGACACAGAAACCAUAAAUUCUCUUCAAAACUCUAGUGCACUUAUGAUUUGUCUUGGUGAAUUGUAUUCAACCUGCAUUGAAAGGCACUAUUUAUCACGAAUACUGUCUUCAAAAGGGUCCACGGAGCCUGUGGGUUGUCAUUAGAAAUAUUUUAGUUCAUCUUCCACCAGUUAUGUUACCUAAUAUUCAAGUAUGUAUCAUCUCAUAUGAUGUAUCAAGCUUUCUGUUUAUCUGUUUUAAAAUGAAAUAAACUAUACAAUGAUA